UUUAUUUUCCCGUGCUUAACGCGUCCGAAACUUGACGCUACCGACCCCUGUUGCUGAUGAUCUUUCCAAAUAAAUUUUAUCGUUUGAUGUAAAUUCUCGUUUAUAACCCUAAAAAUGUACCUCGUGGUGCCAAACAGUUAAACCCUUAUGAAGCACUUGCUUUGCGUCUUCGAAUAAUCAAUUCAUGGAACAAACCUCUGGAAGUGUUACCUCUUAACUUCGGAAAAGAAGCAGUAACAAUGGCUACCUUUUUCUCAAGUUUACUUGUAACCUAUCGCUCAAGAUCGUUUUUCAAUCUGUUUACUAGAUUUGGACUUGCUUUGUCUUUUGUUCCAUGCGUACUUCUUCCUACUGGCGUAGCACAUCACUGUUUUACCCGUUUCGUUUUUAAUCCGAUUCUUGUUGGACCCUCUAAUUCAAUGUUGUAUCCUGAUUGCAGUAUUUGCUUACAAAUACGUGAAGCUCUAAUAAUGAAUACGUGUGGAUUGGUCCUACCCUUAGGCUUUGGCUUUCUUUCUUCCGCAGCUUCUGCACUUAUGACACGAUCUUACCCUGUACCUGAUCUGCUUGAUGCCAAACGUAUGUGGAGAAUGUUCAAGCUCUAUAGUACCUCGUUUCGAACCGUUGGCUCGUGUUUGUUUUUGGGUCAGACAAUAUUUGGAACAGCAUUGGUAUAUGCUAUGAUCGACAGUAAUCAACGUGUGCUCAGGCAGCAGAAGUUCAGUCCUAGUAGUGAAGGAUUCAUCGCAGACUAAAUCGAACUUUAGUGCUUGUUGUAAAUUGGUUACACUUAAACUAAUAUAGACUUACUUUACUGCACUAAUCUUCUUAACUCUUAAUUAUAUUUGAAAAAG